CUGAGAUUUGUACUUCAUCUAGUGAUGGAAUCCCAGGGAGAACACCUGACUCAUUUAAAAAGUCCUCUGAGGUUCCCUCAUCACAUAAUUCCAAAGUGACUUCUUUCAAUGAGUCUUCUAAUAUCCUUUCUUCAGCUGUUGACAAGCAACCAGGGAUAACCCUUACAACAUUCAAGGAGCCAAUAUUACUUCCUUUCAAAGAGUCUUCUGACUUUAUUUCUUCAUCUGAUGACAGGAGUCCAGGAUUAACAGGGGCUCCUUUAAAUGAUGCUUUAAAUGAUCCUUCAUCUAGUGAUGGGAAUUCAAGGAAAGCCCUGGCUUCUUUCAGAGAUAUUUCUACGAUUCCUUUAUCAUGUGUUGCCAGAAAAUCAGGGCCAACAGUGACUUCUGUUAAAGAGUUUUUUGAGAUACCUUCUUCUUCCACUAUUAGGAAGCCAGAAAAAGAUCUUACUACUUACUCUUCAGAUAUUCCUUUAUUAUUGAAUGACAGGAGUCCAGAGACAAUAGCAGUCCCUUUUGAAGAGUCUUCUCAUAUUAUUUCUUCAUCCAAUGAUAGAAGACCAGAGCCAAAAAUUGCUUCUAUCACAGAGUCUUCUGAGAUACCGUCUUCAUCCAGUGACAAUAGACAAGGUAUAUUUUCCUCUAUCAAAGGAUCUUCUGAAAUUUCUUCUUCAUGCACAGACGAGAGACAAGGGACAACACUUGCACCGAUCAAAGAAACUUCUAAAACAUCUUCUUCUUCUAAUGAAAAGAGCUCAAGUGUGAUAUGGGCUCCUCUCAAAGAGUCUUCUGAGAGUCUCAUCUCAACCAUUGGUAGGAAGCCAGGAACGAGAUUAACUCCUGCCAAAGAGUCUUAUAAGAUUCUGUCUUCAUCCAGUGAGAAGAAUCCAGAGGCAAUGGCCACUCCUGCCAAAAAGUCUCCUGAGAUUCCUUCUUCAGCCAGUGGCAAGAAUCCAGUACUUGCCCCAGCCAAGGAAUCUUCUAAGAUUCUACUGUUAUCCAAUGACAUAAGAUCAUGGCCAACAGUGAGUUCUAUCAAAGAAUCUUUUGAAAAUGCUUCCUUAUUCAAUGACAGGAGACUAAGGGCAAGUUUUUCCUCCACCCAAGAAUUUUCUGAGAUUCUUCCCUCAUGCACUGAUAGGCAAUUAGGUAAAUUAGCCCUUGUCCAAAAGUCUACUGAGAUCCCUUCCACAUCUGUUAACAAAAGACCAAAGACUACGUUUGCCUCUUUCAGAGAGUUUUUUGAUAUUCUUUCUUUAGACAAUGUCAGGAGUCAAGGGACAACACUUACUUCUGUCAAAGAAUUUUCUGAGCGUCCUGACCGAGGAUUGGAACCAAGAGUCACUUCUUUCCAAGAUUCUUCUGUGAUACGUUCUGUCCUCAAGGACAAGGAAUCAGGGACAGCCCUGACCUCUUUCAAAGAUAUUUCUGAGAUUCCUUUAUCAUGUAUUGACAGGAGACCAGGCCCAACAGUGACUUCUGUUAAAGAGUCUUUUAAGAUACCCUCUUCUUCCACCAAUAAGAAGCUAGGGAAAGGCCUUACUACUACUACUACUACUACUAUUAAAGACUCUUCAGAUAUUCAUUUAUUAUUGAGUGACAAGGAUCCAGAGACAAAAUUAGUCCCUUUUGAAGAGUCUUUUCAUGUUAUUUCUUCAUCCAGUGACAGAAGACCAGAGCCAACCAUGGAUUCUGUCAGAGAUUCUUUUGAGACCAGUGACAAGAGACCAGCCAUAUUUAUCCCUAUUAAGGAAUCUUCUGAAAUUCCCACUUCAUGUACACACAGGAGACUGGGGAUAACACUUACACCAGUCAAAGAAACUUCUAAAAUCUCUUCUUCUUCCACUGACAAAAGUUCGGGGGCAAUAUGUGCUCCUCUCAAAGAAUUUUUUGAGAUUCUUGUUUCAACUGGUGACGGGAAGCCAAGAACAAGACUAGAUCCUGUCAAAGAAUCUUCUGAGAUUCCAUCUUCAGCCAGUGAGAAGGAUCCAGGGACAACAGCCACUCCUGUCAAAGAGUCUUCUGAGAUUCCUUCUUCAUCCAGUGACAAGAAUCUAGUACUUGCCCAAAUCAAAGAAUCUUCUAAGGUUCUAUUGUUAUCCAGUGACAGAGGAGCAUGGCCAACAGUGGGUUCUAUCAAAGAGUCUUUUGAAAUUUCUUCUUCAUUCAGUGAUAGAAAAGCAGAGGCGAGUCUUCCCCCUGCCCAAGAGUUUUCUAAGAUUCUUUCCUCAUCCACCGAUAGACAACUAGGCACAGUAGUCCUUGUCCAAGAGUCUUCUGAGAUUCCUUCUUCAGUCAGUGAUGAGAAACCACGGACACUGACCCCUGACCGAGAGUCUGCUGAGAUUCCUUCCACCUCCAUUGUUAGAAGAGUAGGGACGACACUCGCCUCUUUCAAAGAGUCUUCUGAUAGUCCUUCUUUAGAGAAUGUCAGGAAUCAAGGGACAAUUCUGACUUCUGUCAAAGAGUCUUCUAAGAGUCCUUCGUCUCCUGAUGGAAGAUCAGAACCAAGAGUCACUCCUUGCCAAUGUUCUUCUGUGAAAGAGACGGGGCCAGGGACACCUCUGGUCUCUUUCAAGUCAUCCAGUGAUAGAAAACUAGGGUCAAUGGUGUCUUUGGCCAAAGAGUGUUUUAAGAUACCUCUGCCCACUGGCAAAAAACCAGGGCCAUUAUUUGCUGCUAUCAAAGAGUCGCCUGAGGCAGCUUUUUCAUCCAGUGACAAGGGCCCUGAGAUGGCACUCGGCUCUCCCAAGGAGAUUUCUCCUCCAGUCAAUGACAGAAGACUGGGGCCAACAAUGUCUUCUAUCAAAGUGUCUUUUAAUAUACCUUCUUCAUUUAGGGACAGUGGACCAGGGAUAACACUCGCCUCUUUCAAAGAUACUUCUAAAAUCCCUCUGUCAUCCAGUGAAAGAAGAUUAGGGCCAACGGUGGCUUCCAUUAAAAAGGUUUUUGAGACCGGGAAAUUUGUCUCUUUCAAAGAAUUUUUUGAGGUUCCUUCUUUGAUCAGUCCCACAAGCCAAGAAGAUACAAAACAUAGGAAGAGUGGAGGGAAAAAACCAUCACUGCCUAUUUAUGAAUCAGUAGAUCUCCAUGGGUUAGAGCUAGAUCCUCAAGGCAUUAGCGCUGGUCUUCCGCCCACGUCAGGUAGCUGCAUGAAUGACCUCCUUGGAUCUACCACAGAAACACCGGAUUCUGGCCUGGGCCCCAAAAGGAGGCCCCUGCCAGCCCCAGAGACCCUGGGCUGUGCGCCACCCAAACCGCCCAGGCCUCCGGCUGUGAGCCUGCUGGCCCUUCGGAGCAUGAUUUCUGCGUCUGCCCCGGCACAGAGUGGAGCUGCUGCAGAACAGAACUGCCUCGCUCCAGAAAAGGUUCAGUUAUCAUCUCUAUCUAAACGAGUCCUCAAACCUACAUAUCCAGCUCUAGUCUCUAACCUGAACUCCUGCCCGGCUUCACCAACUGUCCGUGGCUCACCUCCAGCCGGAUGUCCCAAAAGCAGCCAAGAAUCUGAAGAAGUGCACCAUUACGAGGCAAGAAUCCCAUUCCAGAAGCCAUCUGAGGACUUCAUUUCCCCGUGCGCUGAUAAAUCCGCUUCCGACAUCGGGAUAGAAGUUAUCGCCAAGCCUCGGAAGAGUUUUGUCCAUCAAGGUUUUAGCCAUGAACACGCCUCUGGGAACGACAAAAAGAAGGGGAAACAGCCACGGGAAGGUGAAGUGCACCAAAAGGACAAGGACCCGAAUCUGAAGAAGAUCAAUGGGGCUGAAGGCAUUCCUCGAAAACUCCAGGUAAAGGAGGACUUCCGAGGCAAGAGAAAUCUGCUACGCCUAAAGCCAGACGCGCACGGCGACGAGGUGUACGAAGACCUGUACGGCGGGGAGAGCGGCCAGGCCCAGACCGAGUUGGAAGGAAAAGAAAAACUUAAAAAACUGGGAAGGUUUUUUAAAAAAGAAAAAGAAAAAGUUAAACCGAAGAAGAUGAAAAAGAACUUCAGUGGAUUUUCCAUUUCGAUGCCUAAUUUAGAAUUUAAGUCUCAGGAAAACAUAUUCUACGAUGAUGUGACAGUGGAUAAGAAAGAUUCCAAAGAAAAAGAAGACAAAGGAAGACUCUGGAAACCAAAAUUUCUGAUGAUGAAAGACAGCAAAACGAACAAAAUGCCUGAGGAAUCCGAAAGACUCUUCCUCAAAAACAAGAAAUCCAGCUUAGAAAAACUCAAGUUGGAAAAGGAAGACAAAGUGCUUAAAGAAAGAUUUGAGAUACUCUUAUAAAACAGCUCAAACAUCUCAGGACCUCCAGUUAAAGCACAGGAAGGGGUUCCAAGAGGAAAGCGUGACUGCGCGGACACCCGAGACGCAUCUGCAGGUGUUACAGCAGGAGACCGGCUUAGGAGCGCGAUUGCCUGGAGAACUGUGAGCUCAGACAGACCUGGUGGGACCCUGAGAAACAGAUACUGUAAUCGUCCACAUUUUACAGAUGAGGAGACAGAGACAGAUAGAAGUAAAGUGACUUGCCCAGAGACACACAGUAUAGGUAUCAGGCUGGCUUUGAACUAGGGUAUUCAUGACUCCAGGCCUCAUGCUCCAUCCACAGUGCCUCAGAGGCGCAGGAGGGUUUGUUCCUUUCGGUCAUGACUCCAUUCGGGAUUUUCUUGGCAAGGAUACAAGAAUGGCUUGCCAUUUCCUUUUCCAGCUCAUUUUACAGAUGAGGAAACUGAGGCAUGAUUGAGUUAAGUGACUUGCUCAGGAUCAUACAGAGUCUGAGACCAGAUUUGAUGCAUCUUCUUGCCUCUCUCCACUGUACCACCUGUAUACCACCUGCUGCUGUCCAUGGUAAGCUUUGAGACUAUCCUGGGGGGCAGGAGGAGCUUAAGGAGGGGCUCCCCCAGAUCAGAAAUGGAGCCUGCCCCACACUCAUCCCUCGUGAGAGCUGUCCAUGAUGGCCACCAAACUCCCAGCUUAAAAGAGAGAGGGAGACGAGAUAAGAUUUAAGGGACCUCGAGUCAGAAAGAGGCAUUUACCAGCUAUUGGCAAGUCACUUAAUCUCUGAUUGUCUCCAUUUUCUCAUCUGUAAGAUGGGGACAAAAACAGCACCUGCCUCCCAGGAUUGCUGCGAGGAUCAAAUGGGAUCACAUUUGUAAAGGACUUUGCAAAGCUCCAUACGAAUGCUAGCUAUUAUUAUUUCAUCUUUAAUGUUUUUAUUUCUAUGUUACAUAUAUUUUAUAUUAGAUAACAUUUUCAUACAGGAGAACAUGUAUGAUUAUAAAUAAAUAUGCAUGUAUUUUA